ACGCCGCCUCGCGUAGUCACUCUGAAACUGGCAGCUGACAAGUUCGUACUCAACUCAUUAAAAAAAAAAAUCACGUCGAAAAAGCAGAUUACCAACGUAUAGAGUAUCCAUCGAUAUAAAUUUCAUUGUUUAUAUUACCACCCGACGUGAAUAAGUGAACAAAACGCGUCAAUUGCGGUGUCUGUACCCCGAGAAAGUGCAUUAAACACCAAUCGACGGUACGAAAAGGCGACGUAGGUGUGCGUCAGUUAACUACAAACACGGAGUCACUCGACAAAUAUAACACUCGAGGUGAAUUUCGUCGGAGUAGAGAUAAUAAGAUUGAAAAUAAAUAUAAAUAUCAACAGACUUGAAGUUUCGAGAAUAAUAGCCACCGGUGAAGAGGAGUGCAAGUACUGUCUGUCGAGAUGGCGUUUAUGAUGCCUGUUGUUAAAAAUGAGUGGGAUAUUUACAAAACUAACCGGAGCAGACGCUCCUCGGAGUGCUCUAAUCCCCAGGCAUGUCGGAGUCGGAAGGUAUCGGAGUGUUCAAAAUCCGAAGGGCCAUCGUUGUCAACCUCCCCCGGCUCCGACUUCCUCACAUCCCCAGCGCAUCGCUCUGUUCCAAUGUCUUCACGCCACUUCUCAAGAACCUCAUCGCGAGCAUCUCAGAGCUCGCUGCAGAGCCCCAGCAAGAGCACCGGCUCGUCACCCCCCAAAACCGGAAGUUCAAAUUCUCUGAAUAAAUUUCAUAAUCGUCUCGUUGAUAAACUCAAGCGAUCGUUGAGGAAGAACGACGACACAUCGGAGGAUCAGCGUAAUCUCUCGUGAAAUAGUCAAGGGGUUUUGGGCCGUCCACCCGUAUGCGGCUCAAAGCCUAUUGAUAUCCGACGAACCUCAACACCGGGAAAUUCGAUGACAGAGACGAAUUCGUGCGCGGUGACGCGGUCUUGUCCGGAUCCUUCUGUGGGCUGGUAGGGGAACAUGUCGGGAAAACGGAGAAUGCAAAUGUGACUUGGACUGGGGUUAUGGCAAGAUGAUGAAUGUCCUCUAGCCAUCUGAGCUGCAUGUUUUCAGAAUGCAAGACACAUCUUGAAGAUUGAUGCAGGCAUAUACAUCAUCACGAAGGGGUUCGCAUUGGAGAGGACUUCUGAAGAUCCUAGGAAUGGUGGUGACGAGUUGAGACAGUCAGGUUCAUGUCUGAAUUGUUCUCGUCAAAGACUGUUCACGAAAAAUUACGAAAUUUUGAAACUUAACGAUGAAUUUCUAGGGGAAUAAUCUGUCAUUCGCCUGGACUUGAUGGAGUUGUAUCUGUGUCAUGAGUAUUCUUUUCGACAUGCACCGAAUAUCGAUUAUCAUUGAAGAUGACUAUUGGGUGGCCACUGAACAAUGAUCUCUGUCAAGCACGAUGAACAUGCCAUGUCCCAGUCUAAUCUGAAUAUUACCGUAACGAAAGAAAAUCAAAUGCUGUGCAAAAUUAAUAACGAAAAUAUAUCGAGAUACAUUACGUCGGAAAUGUAAAUGGAAAGAUUGAAAUUCAGGCGACGCUAAGCUUUUGAGAGUGGAAUCUCUCUAGGGACCAGCCGCAGAAAAUUACUGGAGGAAAUUUUGAAAAAAUAUCGUUAAGCCACAGCCACCGCAGUAGGAAGUGGGAAACCCCCUGUUUUCCUGUCUCGAAACGUAUCCUUGAGCGAGUUUUCUCUCAAAACUCAAAUAAGCACCGGCAUUUUAGUUAUGUUUAUUGCUUCUGGAUGGGAAAAAUAACAUGACCUAAAAGUUGGAUUUUUUUUUCAAUUCAAAUAAAGAUGGCACGCGCGAAAAAAAUUCAAAGAAAAACCUACCAAAUUUGCU